CGGCGGCGGCGGAAGGAGCGGGCGGCGUGAGCGCUUCCGCCGCCCCCCUCGCGGCUCCCCUCUGGCGGGCGUGAGGAGGUGAGGAGCUGGCCCGCCGAGCUUGUGGUGGGCACCGGCUGACGGGGAACCUGCGGCCGCUCGCCUCGCUCUCAAGCCGCUUCUUCUUGGGACCCUGCUCCCCGGACGCUCCCGCUCUUCGCCUGCCCGGGUGGGGGCGAUCGGGUCGCCUGCCUCACACACUCCCCGCCGCCCCCUCCUCCCCCUUGUGGAGUCGUCCCGGCUGGAGUGUCUGGAGGAAUCCGCCGCCCCGAGGCCCCUCGCCCGAUUCUGCUCGUCCCUGAGGACCGCCCCAUUCGCUGCCGGGGGCUGAGCGGGAGAUGGUGGGGUGGGCUCCGGCAGGACCGUGCCGCCGCCGCCCGGAGCCUGGGCUCGGCAACCCCCCGGCAGCCCCCACCGAGGGGACCUCUGCUUCCUCCUCACCGCAUCCCUGAGGGAAGCGCCGCCUCUGCUCCCGGGUUCUCCGCCCGCCCUCCCGCUCCUUCCUGGCCGGACCCCGCCUCGCUCCACCCCAGUGGCCAGAGGAGCAGCUCUCCAGUCAGCCUUCGCGGUCCCCCUUCCUUUUUCCCUUUCCACCCACCCUUCCCGGCCUCCUCGGAUCCCUUGGCUGGGCGCUGAAGCGAGGGAAGAGGCUGGGGUCGCCACGGCCGAGGUUGUUGCCGCCGCCCCCCUGCGGGGGUGGCUGGGGUUCCCGGCUGGGGGGGCUCCGUUCCGGGUGAGGCAUCCACCAUGGUGAGGCCCCUGAGCCGCUGCCCCCGCGCCCCCCCGGCCGCCUCUGCCUCCUGCCCCUCGGUGCUGCUGCUGCUGCAACUCCGCCUGCUGUUGCUCCUCCAUCUCCAGAUCGGAUCACGGUGAGGGAAAGAUGAGCGAGGAGACGGCGACUUCUGACAACGAUAAUAGUUAUGCACGAGUGCGAGCUGUGGUGAUGACCCGGGAUGACUCAAGUGGUGGAUGGUUACCACUUGGAGGGAGUGGACUAAGCUGCGUCACUGUCUUCAAAGUCCCUCACCAGGAAGAGAAUGGCUGUGCUGACUUUUUUAUCCGUGGAGAGCGACUCAGGGACAAAAUGGUGGUUUUGGAAUGUAUGCUUAAAAAAGACCUCAUUUAUAAUAAGGUCACCCCAACAUUUCACCACUGGAAGAUUGAUGACAAGAAAUUUGGCCUUACCUUUCAAAGUCCUGCUGAUGCCAGGGCUUUUGAUAGAGGUAUUCGAAGAGCUAUAGAGGAUAUUUCUCAAGGAUGCCCAGCGUUAAAAAAUGAAACCGAAGGAGCAGAAGAUGACUUACAAGCAACUGAAGAGGAUACUCCCAGUUCUCUAGUGAAAGAUCAUCUUUUCCAGCAAGAGACAGUUGUAACCAGUGAGCCUUAUAGAAUUUCAAGACCUUCCCCUUUUGAAGAUCUGAAUGCCAGAAGAGUCUACUUGCAAAGCCAAGCCAAUCAGAUAACGUUCAGUCAUCCAAGCCUAGACAUUCAGGGCAGAAGUAUAGAAUAUGUACAGCGGCAAAUAUCCAAGGAAUGUGGAAGCCUGAAGUCCCAAAAUAGGGUCCCUUUAAAAUCAAUCCGACAUGUCAGCUUUCAAGAUGAGGAUGAGAUUGUCAGAAUAAACCCUCGAGAUAUCUUAAUACGUCGUUAUGCAGACUACAGACACCCUGACAUGUGGAAAAAUGACUUGGAGAGAGAUGAUACUGACUCCAAUAUUCAGUUUUCUAAACCAGACAGUAAAAAAUCAGACUAUCUGUACUCUUGUGGGGAUGAGACUAAGUUAAGUUCACUCAAAGACUCUGUGGUAUUUAAGACACAACCUUCCUCAUUAAAAAUUAAGACAUCAAAACGAAGAAAAGAAGAUGGUGAACGUUCUCGCUGCGUAUACUGCCAGGAAAGGUUUAAUCAUGAAGAAAAUGGCAGGGGGAAAUGUCAGGAUGCGCCAGACCCUAUUAAGAAAUGCAUAUAUCAAGUUAGUUGCAUGCUCUGUGCAGAGAGCAUGUUGUAUCAUUGUAUGUCAGACUCAGAGGGAGAUUUUUCUGAUCCCUGUUCAUGUGACACUAGCGAUGACAAGUUCUGCUUACGAUGGUUAGCCCUAGUAGCUUUGUCUUUCAUUGUACCUUGUAUGUGCUGCUACGUCCCUCUGAGAAUGUGCCAUCGUUGUGGUGAGGCUUGUGGGUGCUGUGGGGGGAAGCAUAAAGCUGCUGGAUGAAAGGGUCCAGGGCCAAAAUGAGAUUAAAACCUUUGUUUCCAGGAAUUAGCUAACUUGGAUUUGUGGAAGCUUUGGCAAGCAAUAUGAAGUCUUGCCUGGUGUCAUUGGGGCCACAUGUGGAGGAAGCAGAACUCGUCAGUGCUCGGCAUUUCACAAAUGCUAGCCAUGCCUAACUUUUCCCUUGAGUGCAUGGCAUGUUUUGUUACAGGUUGUAAAGAGUAUUUGCGAAGGGAAACCAUUUCUGGUUAUUGGCUAUAAAAAGUGAGCAUAAAAUAUGAUCCAACUAAAAGGGAUUAAUUUUUGGCAUUUUUGUAUAUUUAUGCGUUAGGUGAUGGGACUUUUAAAGGUUUGAAAUCUAGGACAUGAACUAAAAGUGCACUAGGGGACAACUGAUUUCAAUCUAAGAAAAGUUAACACUUGGAAAUUAUAAGAAGUUAAACAAGUGCAACUAAAUCAUUUAUUGUUUUUUGAAAGCAGUUUUAUGUAUAAAUAACAAAUGUUUAUAUUUAACUAAAUAUAAGGUACGAAUUAUGACAUAUUAAACUUUUCUUCCCCUUCCUAGUUCUGAAGUAGAUGUACAUAUAUCUACUGUCACAUUCCAUUAUAUUUUGAAUAUUUUACUCAUCUAGUUAAUAACAUUUUUAUUUCAUGUGAAUGAUUUGAUAUUUUCAUCCUCAUUUCCCUUUGGCUCUGGUUUAUAUUGAGUUAUAUCUGUACAUUCUGGUAAUCUAAAAUCCUUAAAAAUAUUCUAAUAGCCUUGAGUGACCAACUUUUUUUUAAAGCACAGAUGUAAUUGUCUAAUGUUCUGAUGGGAACAUAACACUUAUUUUUAUAUAAAAAGAGACUGAGUAAACAUUAUAGAAAAAAAUGAGGUUUGGGGGUUGUUGUUUUUGUGGUAUUCAACCAGCAAGUUGUUUUCUUUCAGUUUCCUCCUUCAAGAAAUUAUAUUGCAUUUACAAAUAUUUUACAAAGCAAAAAGUGUAACUGGAUAGUUGGUGUACAAGUUUCCUCCUAAGACCUCCAUUUAUCAUUCUGCUAACCCAGAAUUUGUUCAGCUGUGUUACUAAUUUUUUAGCUUAAUCCUCAGUGCUUAUAAAUUCACAUAACAACAAUAACUUUUCUCAAUUGCAUUUUAUUUUAUUUAAACUGGCCAAAAGAAAAAAUUAUUUUAUGUUAAACUGCGUGUUAAACUAUCCCAGGAAAGUAUUUAAUCCAACAUUGUGAAUGAAAUAUCGUAUACAUUAAAUUUAUUGCUUUUGCAGAGCAUUGUAUUACUGGAUGUUUUAUUUACAAAGUACUUGGAUAAAUGUUCAAACAAAUUGUUUAAAGUACUUUGGGGUCAGAUUGUCUUUUUUUUCUUUUAAGUGUUACAUUUAAACUCUAACCAAGGAAGGGGUUCUUUAAGAACAUUCCCUUAGAGGGAUUAAGUUGAGAAGUGUGCCUUUUUUUAAUGGCUUGAAGUUUCAGAAGUGAUAAACAUUAAAAUCACACUACCAUUUGAAGCUCAUUUUCUAUGCAGGAUUUUAAAUGUCAUUUAUGUAUCAUUCUUUUUACAUUCACACUUAAGCUUGUGUUUAGCUGUCUUCUUUUGCCCCAUAUCAAACUGAACAAUGUAUAUAACACUAUCUGUCUGUAAAAUACUUUUUUUUAAGAAAGCAUUUAUAUUUAUAUGACAGCUUGAACUGACAACGUUGUGUAUAUAGAUCAUCUUGAAGUAUUAUUUCACAUUGAAAAGAAGAAAAUAUAUUGAUAACUAUAGAUGUUAUGAAGAAGAGGUUAUUUCUAGUUUUGUACUAAAAAAAUCAAUUGGAUGAACUAAAUCCAAACAUGACACUGUAGCAGCAGUUUUAAGUCUUAUUUUUACUGUUUAUAUAUUUGGAUGCUGCUACACCAGAUGAUCUUCAUCCCUGAAGUUUUCAGCUAAACUUGGUUACCUAGGAUAGACUGUUAACUUUCAAAAUUACUUUUUAUUGGUGGAAUGGGAAUAUCGGUUUUCCUAGUGAAUGGAUUUUCAUAUUUGUAAGUGCGGAGUUUAUAAUUCAGGAUUGAGCAAGGUGUGAAUAACUGAAGAAAAUAACUUGCUGGCUAUAUAGGAAAAUGCUGUGGAAAUGAACUGUGUACAUACUUCUGGGAAGAACAAAUUAAAUCAUUUCUUCUGUUGAGCACUAAUCAGUAUAGUGCAACUCCUGGUUCUGUACUGUAUUUUAUAUGCAACAUAUAUGCUUUAAUAUUUUAAUGUUUGUGCAUUAAUAUUUUCAAAUUGUUUAACCACUUUGCUGCUAAGAUUUUGCCAUCCCAUCCCCAUUUUUUCCUUUACAAUUUUAAACAAUUUCUUCAUUAAAACUAUGGUGAUAAAAUGGUUUUUAUUUCACCUUGGAUCUUUAUAGUUAACACACCCAGUUUCCAAAUUAGUCCAGAAGACUAACCGAUAAUAUAACGUUAUCUGAUCUCUGUGUGGAAAUUUUUCUCUUUUGAGUAAAUUAGAAUCCUUAACGUGUAAACUAACAGGUAGUUUAAAUUUCUUGUUCUUAAACGUGUGUAUAGGUAUGUUCAGGGACAUUUUCUCCUUCUGCAUACAGAUUUGGCACUGCCUAUGGGCUGUUCCUCUGAAACCUUUCUCUUUGUUUUUAAUCUGGUAGUAUAAGCAAAUGGCUAAACAAAACUGCUUAAGUAAUAGUAAAUAUUGAAAAUGAAGUCAUCUAAGAUGGCAUGACUGAUGGCUCGUUGUGUUCAGAUUUGUUAACUCUAAAUGAUUUUUCUCCAACCUUGAAGGGAUGGGUGGGGGCGGGGGGGGGGGGAUCAUUUGAUAGCUGAAGAAACAUGAGGUGUGGAACUUCAGCACCACCUACUGGAUAAUUUAUAGGCCAGAGACAUUAGGUGGCAGUUGGGGUCUGACAGGGUUCAUUGCUGUUCUCCCAGUAAAGGGCUAUUUAAGUGGUGACCACCUCCACAUGGAAAAAGCAGGAGUAAGAAAUAUCUCAAAGGAACUGUAAAAUGAAUCUUCUCCCUAAUGUGUCUUGUUGGUUGCCGAAAGAUUUUAAGCACUUUUUUCUUAAGUAUCCUGUUUUAAAAUAUUUAUUGAUAUUUGGAACUGGCAGUCAAAGUUAAUGAAUGUGCCGAAGCAUUUCUAGAACCAAUUCUUUUAACUUGCUCAAGCCAUUACCAAAAUGGUAUUCUUAUUUUUCCUCCCUUUACUAGUCAGGGAAAAAUUUUUUUAAAAUAAUAAACUUCACCUGUAUUAACAUCAAGACAACUUCAGAGAGAGUGUGUGUGUAUGUCUCUGGGAUACUGGGGCAGGGGUUAAAAUUUAAAGGGGAAAACUUGAAACUACCUAUUUUCACUGGUUAUUCAGCAGUGCCUAAUACAAACUUUUGAAGUAAUACAAAUGCACUUUGAAUUCAUGUUAGAGUGCCAUCUGAUAUCUUGGGUAAGUUUUUUUCUUUUAUUCCCCCAUCCUCAACUCCCACCCCCAUUUAAUUGAACAGCACAGAGAUGUUUCUUAAUAUCCAUAUAAGUCUCCUAAAUAUAGGAAACGUACUUUUCCUCCACAUGGGCUAUUUAAAGAAUCUUAAGGAUGUUUCUUCUCUUGAAAUUUUUUUUUUGGUCUUGGGGUUACAUUUUGGAAUAUGUUUAAGAUUGGGUUUUUAAUUUUAACCCAAAGAUACAUUAAGUAAGUGUAACAUUUUUCUCCAUAAAACUUUGAAAACCUUAGUCACCUGGAAAACAGAUUCUUCACUAAAUAUUCUUGUUCUUAAUUUCACUUUCAGGAUCACAUUUCUAAGUGUAAGAGAAAGCACUAGAAGCUUACAUUGUUGUUGCACUUAAAAAAAAUGGUCUAUAAACCACAAUAAUAAUAGCACCAUAAGGUGUUUUGCAGUAAAUCAAAAUAUAAAAAAAUCACAACCUGAGGUGAUUUCUAUAAACCAAAAAAAAAGGGCUUUAAGGUAUAAAGGUACUGUUUGCCUAGCAGCCAGGUGGUUAUAAAACUUUCAUAUGCUUUGGUACACUGAUGUUAGCCAUUGUUUCUGAAAGCUCCUUAAAUUGCAUAAGUUGCUAGUUUUGAAAAUUUUCAAAAAUAAUCUAGUUGAAAAGCUUUUGUAUUAAAGAUAGACAUAGAUUUUUGUGAA